UUGAAGCGUUCACUUGCUGCUUCACACUAUCUCAAGCAUCAUGUUAUACUGUUGACUUUUCGGUAAAAUGAAUUAUAAUCAAACAUCUCUUAGCUUGUUCAGAUACAAAUACAAGCAAGACCGAAUGACUUUAAACUUAAGUUACAUCUUCGGAAGUCACUUCGUUUCCGUUUUUGACUUUGGGAGUCUUUGAAAACGGCAGCAUACCGCUUUAAUUUCAGCAACACCAACAUCUAUUAAACACUCACUGUAUCACUUCUCUGCGUGACAAGACUUUGUCACAUGGCGGGCCUUUGGAGGUCUUAUCAGGUCCUGAUGGCCAAACAUCCAUGGACAGUGCAGAUUAUAACUGCUGGAUCUCUGGUGGGUGUGGGUGAUGUCAUCUCCCAGCAGCUGAUUGAGCGCCGUGGACUGGCCAAUCACAGCGCAAGGCGCACUGCCAAGAUGAUGAGCAUCGGCUUCUUCUUUGUCGGUCCGGUAGUCGGUGGAUGGUACAAGGUGCUGGACAAACUUGUUACUGGUGGUACUGGUGGUGCAGCUCUGAAGAAAAUGCUUGUUGAUCAGGUGGGCUUUGCUCCGUGUUUCUUAGGUGCUUUUCUGGGAAUAUCCGGAGCGCUCAAUGGACUGACUGUGGAAGAGAAUGUAACCAAACUCAAGAGGGACUACAUGGAUGCCCUGAUCUCCAAUUACUACCUUUGGCCUCCGGUGCAGAUCGCCAAUUUUUAUUUCAUCCCUCUCCACCACAGAUUGGCUGUUGUUCAGAUAGUGGCUGUAGCCUGGAACUCUUACCUCUCCUGGAAGGCCAAUAAGAUGUAAUGUGAAGUUCCAGAUCGACCACUACCUCACACACGGGAACAUUUUCGUUUGUAUUUUUUUAACAGUCGAUCUCUAUUAAAUAAACGUAGUAAGAGACUCGCACAUGGGCGCUCAAAGCUUACAGAUGAAGUUUGCGCAACAAAAGCUGGCCUAAUAGCAUAAUUCAGAUAUCUGACAUUUUAUUAACCCUUACAAUUAACUCUAUUGUAAUAUUUGUGAUUACAGAUUCUGUAAAGAAUUCUACGCUUUAUUCAUACGCCUGUAUUUGUCAGUGCUUAGAUGAUGAAUUAUGGUGUAUUGAUCACUAAAAAUAGCAAGCCUGUUUGUUACAGGAUGUGACUGCAUUUUGAGUCGGUUUUUUGUAUCUUCUGUGUUCAGUAAUUAAGUUCAGGAACACGUGAUUGACAGAGGUGAAGUUAUGGGCGUUAUCUUCUACUAGGGCAUUGAUUAGCACAAUACAAUCUUUCACAGAUGCCAGACCAUUCUUUUUUAUUCAUUUACACCUACUUCAAGUGCUGAAACAUGAAAAAUUGAAAAGACAUUAUAGGAAAAAUGAUGCAUUGCUUUAAAGCACCACACAACAAUUAAAUUAAAAAACCAAAGAAUGCAAAUGUUUACAACAAAGCUUCAAGACUAGAUUUAUCAGUGGUGAGACUAAUUUCAAGUGGCAAGUCUUUCCAUAAUCUAUAGGCCCUAUAUAUUCUUCAUCACUCAUACCUUGGAAGUAUUUUAUGUAAGACAGUAAAUCUAUCAAAACGUCUUAUAUUUUCUACUAUGUCUGAAUCUUGUUAACCCAUUAUUAACUUAUCCCUAUGUACUUCAGCACAUUUAUAAACUCUGGUAAAAAUCUGUGCAGUUGGUCUGCAUUUCAAAGGAAAGGCCGCCAUUGAAACCUUGGUGUGAAUUUGCUGAUUUUUUUCUAGCAGUGUUGAACCAAUAGACCCUGCUCUUUGCUGCCCUUGCCAAUAGGAUGCAGGGCGGCUGUUCCUCAGCUUGACUGCAAUUCACAGCUUCAGUCCGCAGAUCAGCUCUUUGACUGGACAAAGCUGUCACUAGAUAACUAGUGGUGUAUCUGCUAACUGUCAUCCUUCCAAAAAAAAAAAAAAAAAAAUCAAAUCACACCUACUGUUAUUAGCCUCUAUAUAUAUUUGCUUCUUCACACUGAGCAGGAAGGUAAAGCCAUGUUUAGGAUUUUCCUUCGAGAGCGUGUCAGGCUUAUAUAAAUAUCUCGACAUGUCCAGCUAAUGCUUCGUCACUCUGGGGAAUUGACAGCGAGCCAGAAACAAUAGUCAACAGUGACUAAACCUCUGCAUCUGGCUGCUGAAGGCAUUUUUCACAGCCACUUGUUAUACUCUUGUUAUAAUUUACAGUCAGAAGACAUUUUAAUUCAUGACUACAUGACAUUGUGUACUUUACUAAUAUGAAUGCCAGUAUUACCACUUGAAGUUCUCAGAUGUACUUCUGAUACUGUGAAUUUAACUCGUAUGGGUUAUAUUCAAAUCAUUUGUGUGUGUGUGUGUGUGUGUGUGUGUGUGUGUGUGUGUGUGUGUGUGUGUACUUAAAAAUAAACCACAGCCAUGUUGAAGUGUACAAAUCCAGUUAAUAAAAAUAUAUGUACAACA